AUGUGGCAAAGAAUUCGUGCGAACCCAAUCGAAUGGCCAGUGCGGUAUGCGACCCGUAAUCUGGGUAUUCAUUUCAUGCCGCCAGGCAAAGUCUCCAUCGUCGAACGAUUCGGAGGAUAUACCAAGGCUUUGACUCACGGAACCCAUCUAUUGAUUCCCUUUGUUGACCGAAUUGUAAGCGUUUUAUCUGUAGAAGAGACGUCUGUCCCCUUGUUCCCAAUCGAAGCCUCUACCUGGGAUAGUAAGAUGGUUUCCCAGGACUCAGUACUUCAAUACCGGGUUUUUGACCCGGUGAUGGCAGCAAAUCCUGAUAACCCGUUGCGUUUACUGAUUCUAUUUGGUGUGGGGAAGUCUUGUUCUUCCAUCAGGUUAAUCACCUUGGACAAAGUUCCUGAAACUCUACACAGAAUCAACAAGGAGAUUCUGAACCCGGAAGGGCAGGGCGGUGACGCUUCUGCUGUAUCAGGCGGCAGGCCAAAAAGCGGCUCGUCGUCAAUGGCGAUAUACAGUUGCAGAAACCUUGGACUUCCGGCAAUGAAUCUGCUCAGAGUUAAAAGGAAUACUCAUGUUCCAACAGUUAAUCCUGGAGGAAUAGCUGCUCCGGACCACAUCAGAUAA